AGUUCCUCUGAAGGUGGAGCAGGCGAACAACGCCCGCGACGCGCUGGCGAAGGCGGUUUACAGCCGGCUGUUCGACCACGUGGUGACGCGCGCCAACCAGUGCUUCCCCUUCCAAUCCUCCGCCAACUUCAUCGGGGUCCUCGACAUCGCCGGAUUUGAGUACUUUGAACACAACAGCUUCGAGCAGUUCUGCAUCAACUACUGCAACGAGAAGCUGCAGCAGUUCUUCAACGAGCGCAUCCUGAAAGAGGAGCAAGAGCUGUACCACAGGGAGGGUCUCGGAGUCAACGAGGUCCACUACGUCGACAACCAGGACUGCAUAGAUCUGGUGGAGGCGAAGAUGGUGGGCGUGCUGGACAUCCUGGACGAGGAGAACCGCCUCCCUCAGCCCAGCGACCAGCACUUCACCGACACCGUGCACAACAAGCACAAGAACCACUUCCGCCUCACCGUACCCAGGAAGUCUAAGCUGGCGGUGCACAGGAACGUGAGGGACGAUGAAGGAUUUAUUAUCAGACACUUUGCAGGAGCCGUGUGCUACGAAACGACCGGGUUUGUGGAGAAGAACAACGACGCGCUGCACAUGUCUCUCGAGUGUCUCAUCAGCGAGUCGAAGGACCGUUUCGUCCGAGAGCUUUUCGAGAAUUCAAACAACAGCAAAGACAUGAAGCAGAAGGCGGGAAAACUGGGCUUCAUCAGCGUCGGGAACAAGUUCAAGACGCAGCUGAACAUCCUCCUGGAGAAGCUGCGCGACACGGGAUCCAGUUUCAUCCGCUGCAUUAAACCCAACCUGAAGAUGAUCAGCCACCAGUUUGAAGGAGCGCAGAUCCUCUCUCAGCUGCAGUGCUCCGGCAUGGUGUCGGUGUUGGAUCUGAUGCAGGGAGGCUUUCCAUCCCGCGCUCCUUUCCACGAGCUCUACAACAUGUACCAGCAGUACAUGCCUCCCAAACUCUGCCGCCUCGACCCCCGACUCUUCUGCAAGGCUCUGUUCAUGGCUCUGGGUCUGAAUGAAAACGACUAUAAGUUCGGACUGACUCGAGUGUUUUUCCGGCCGGGGAAGUUUAAAGAGUUUGAUUCGAUCAUGAAGUCGGACCCGGACCACCUGGCUGAGCUGGUGAAGAAGGUGAACACCUGGCUGAUCCACAGCCGCUGGAAGAAGGUCCAGUGGUGCGCGCUGUCCGUCAUCAAAC